AUGGAACCUUCAACGUUGUGGUCUUCAAUGAAGACGUACUAUUUUAGGUACGAAAAUGUUAUUUUAAGGGUACCAUUCUGCUUUGUCUUACAACUGGGAACUUACUUUGACAAGAUUGUUCAAGGUUCUGGCGAAGGCUCCAAACCAUCGCAUGAGAUUGCAGGUAUGUACGUUGAGACUUUCUAGUGAACAUAAGUAUAUUAUUAAGAUGCAUUUGAGGGUCAUGUGAUUAUUUCUCUUUAAUAUUGUCCACAAAAUCAACCUCGAAUGCUAUUUCGGAUGCGUUAAUGCUUUGAACAGAAUGCAGUAUGGGAUUUAUUAGAACCCUUUACGAUGUAUUCGAGGUGGACCAGUGAGUCACCAAUUGGUCAGGAAAGUGGUAUCUUGCUAAGUCAGAAGCAUGUUAGCUGGGUGGAAGCACAUAUGCUCCUGGUUGAGUGUAUGGAAAUAUAUAUAUAUAAAAUCAUGUACACACAUUUUGAUUGGUCCUUACCCAUGAUCUAUCGGAGGUCAGAUGCAUGGAUGACACAACCAACUCAAGCAACGUUUUGCUUCUUUAUCAUAUCAAACAAAUAGGUUUUGUGUUGCUAUGCACCUGUUCAGUAGUAGAUCACAAAAGACUUCCUGAUGUGGUAAGAUCAGUGAGACACUCAGUUUUGCCUCAUGUGCCACUUUUUCAUUCUUAGCACAUUUUGUAGACAUCUGGGAUUUACAUGUCUUACUGAAGAGGAUAGCAAAAGGGAGGGGGGCUCCUCAUCUUGUUUCAUGUGGGAAGUCAGGUGUACUUUAAACAGGAUUUCAUGUGCCAAAAAUUUAAAGAUAAAACUUCAAAUCUCACCUUACCUCGCCUGUUUGAAAAUUAUCACAUCACAUAUUAAUUUUUAGCUUUAUCAGGUGCUGCACAGGAACCCUUUGCCGCCCUCUAUGUUAAUUGAUCUAUAACAAACAAAAUACGAAAAUUAACAAUGUUAAACUCAUUUUGACUUAAAUUCAUUUUAACUGUUGUAUAAUUAGUUUACAUAGACAGAAAAAAGAAAGAUGGUAAAUUUUGAGCUCAGUGAAGGAAAAAUAAAGAAAAAUGUUUUUCAUCUUGUCACAAGCGUCUUGUAGACACUAUCCACAUUGCAGAUCCUAGCGGUAUGCAGGAAGCGUGUCAUAUGAACUUCAUUAUAGUCCUCACUCACCAUGGAGUCUCUGUGGCUCAGUGGUAGAGCAUCAGAAUGCGGAAUCCUUAGGGCUGAGAUUCGACUCCUCGUGAGGACUCAGAAUUUUUUCUUUGUCCCACACCUGUGACAAGAUGAAAAACAUCUUUCUUUAUUAGUUUACAUAGUUUUAAAUUUUGUCAGCUUUGGCUCUCAAAUGAAUCACACUUUAUAUUUCUCUAUUACUUCAUUUAUAUAUGCCUUCUACAUUGCAUUGCAGCUGUUAUUUGUGGGCUUGUGGGUACAAUUGGUGUAAUAACAAACUUGAGCUAUCUUCAGAAAUUCUUCGUUUGGUUGAUUGAGGAAGUUGUUCUUCUUGUCGCAUUUGCUGCCAUUGUAGCAUAUGGUCCUUCAGAUGCUAAGGAAGAUUUCUUAUGGAGCAGUUCAAAUCCAAAUGUGUCAUCUCAUCUUGAUGUGACUUACGGCUAUGCAUUGUUAUAUGCCCAGGUUUUUGUCGCUGUUAGUGUUGCUAUUGUUCCACGCAAAUGGGCAGCUGUUAGCGCCAAGCAAACUGUUGGAAUUUUCAUCAUUUUUCCAGUUAUCAUUCAGCUUCUCUCACUCCCAUUUGUCAAAGCCUCUUCAAUUCUGCGAGAUGUCUGCCUGGGUUAUAUUGUGUUUGCUACAGUAAUUCAGGCUUACAAAGCUUGUCUUGGCAUCCUGCAACUACUACAGGAGGUUCCAGGGCUGAUUAAGGAUACAUGCAGAAUUGUCAUCACUUUUGGAUGGUUGGACUUCUUUGUAUACCACUGGAGAAGGGUGAACUUAGGCCAAGUUCUAAUGAUAACUUGGCUAAUGAAAUGUUUGGCUUUAUUCAAUCUUUUGUUGAUUGGAACCCAUAGUUUUCCUAUUGCUUUUUCUGGAAGUUUAAUUUAUUGCUUUGAUAGCCUUCUGGAUUUGGCAGGGGCAAGUCUGAUCAUUGGAUUUGUAGCAAAUCUUAUAUUAGACUUCACUAGCACGUUGAUGAAAGGAAAUAUUGAACGACCAAUGGAGGAGCGUCAACAGGAACAGUGGAACAAUAGCGUUUCAUUCUUUCUUUUGAGUGUUCAAGUUGGAAUUUCUAGCGUACCCACGCAGCAGCGCCUUAUGCUUAUAGGCCUGGUCUUGUUUGUCACACUCUCCUUGUUCUUGCAAUCUAUGUAUGAGCUUGCAGAACCAGCUCUCAUGUCAUUGGGUGCAACUUACACUGGUGUUUUCACCAGCAAACACUUGCGCACAUUAGGAGUGUGUUUGUUGAUUCUGGUACUUCCUGGAUACAUGAUCAUUGUUCUCUGCCAAAUGUUCACUUUUGAUGCAUGGUUGUUUGUUAUCAUAUCCAGUAACUUGGUGACAAUUGUUCAAGUGAUGGGUUCACUGAUAAUUUAUGGACUUUUUGUGUCCAAUGUACAUUCAGAAAGUCAAAUGAAGGAUCUAGAUGACUAUGUUUAUUACAUUAAUGCUGGCUCAAAAGUUUUUGAGUUCUUAGUUGCUGUGGUUGUCCUUGGAUACACUGCAUGGGCUACCUUAACUGGGGAGUGGAACUAUAUUGGUAAGAAUCUUAACUGUAAAGGCCCUGUACUUGUAACUUGUUAAUAAGUUGUAUAUGUUGUAUUGCUUAACAGUAAUGGGAAUGAAUAUUUUGGACACUGGGAAACUUUUUGCAGAUAAUCCUACCUCAUAGUUGACAUUCCAAAAGGGAAAAAUGACCCAAAGUUUUCUCUCCCACACAAAACAUUGCAUUUUGUUUUCAUGCAAAAUCUUUGAUUUUGCAGAUUUACCAAUGACCAAAAUUCAAGAAGGCAAAUUUUCAUGAAGACUUGUAAUUAGAAUGAGUUGAGAUUGACUUAACCCUUUAACUCCCAAAUCAAAUUUGUAAUUCUCCUUACUGUCAACCAUACAAUUCUUAUAAUGUUAGUUCAGAGAAUUUGGUGUUGGAUCAACCAAUUAUCCAUUAAUUGAUAUAUUUCUUAUUCUCAUCAUUAAUCUGGUUGAUACUGUAUUGAUAUUGUAAGGAGAAAGUCUAUCUUGGUCUCUCAUGGCUGUUAAAGGGUUAAACCCUAACGGUGGGCAGUGUCUAAUUUACAUGUACAUGUAUCUGUACAAUCAUUCAUUAAGAUCAUUAGAAUAAAGAGAAUCAUCACUGACCUAACAAGCUUUGAUUAUUAAAUGAAUUCUCUUAGUUUGUUCUAAAUAUAAUGUAUACAGAGUUAAAUAUGGAGAAAAUAGAUAUUGAUGUUAGUGUGUAAAGUGUUAAUUUUCUUUUUUAUGCCCCCCCUAGGUGCGUUGGUAAUUUCAAUGCAUGCUUACUUCAAUGUUUACAAGCGAGCUCAAGAAGGAUGGAAUAAUUUCCUAUUGCGACGCAAUGCAGUAAAGAGACUCAACUCCUUGCAGUGGGCCACUGAAGAACAGUUAGAGCAACUAAAUGAUGUCUGCUGCAUAUGUUAUGAAGUGUUAGAUAGGGCUAAAGUUACUAAAUGUAAUCAUUUCUUUCAUAGUUUGUGCUUAAGAAAAUGGCUCUAUGUGCAAGACAAAUGCCCUAUGUGUCAUGCAGACAUUUUACCACAGGAUUGA